AUGACAGGAAGGAGUCGAGAAUUGGCAGCCGCCCUAAGAAAUCGACGCAUCGACAUCGCCUGCGUCCAGGAAACGAAGUGGAGCGGAGCAAAAGCAAAGGAUAUUGGAGAAGGGUACAAGCUUUAUUACAACAGCGAAGUGAAGACCCAAAAUGGAGUGAGCAUCGUGUUAUUGGUUAGCCUAAAGGACAGCGUAGUGAGCGUUAAUCGGAUCUCAGAUCGAAUCAUGUCAAUCGAAAUUGACUCAGGAGACGUGGGACUACCGGUGGUUUCCUGUUACACUCCACAAGUAGAAUGCUCGGACGAGGCCAAAGAAGAGAUUUGGCCACAGCUAGAAGACCACAUUCGAACAUUUCGGCCCGAAGAACGAGUCAUUGGAGGUGACCUGAAUGGUCACGUGGGAGCCAGACAGGAGGGCUACGAAGAUUACCACGGCGAACAGGGAUUUGGCACGCGAAACGAAGAAGGAUGCAAAAUCCUAGAUUUUGCCGAAGCACACAAUCUGGCCGUCACAAAAACUUACUUCAAGAAACGACCCUUCCAUUUGAUCACCUACGCCAGUGGAGGCAGGUCCACUCAGAUCCACUACUGGCUCACCAACAGAAGGAACAUGAACCUGGUCACCAACACAAAGGUCAUUCCAUCUGACAACGUUGCCCCCCAACACCAUCUGCUAGUCAUGGACAUGCUUUUGGACAUCGGGCAACACCGGCGACCACCAACAACUGGACCCGCUCGCAUAAAAUGGUGGAAACUAACUGAAAACAAAGAUCACUUCAAGGAGAAAAUUGAACAGCUCGCCAUUGAUCCUGACAAGUCAGUAAUUUUGAUUUGGGCCAGUGUAACCGAACAUAUCCGAAAAACGGCCAAAGAAGUGGUAGGAGAGACCAAACCGGCAAAACGCUUUGUUGAGAAGCAAAUCUGGUGGUGGAACGAAGAAGUGCAAAGUAUCGUCAAAGAAAAGAAGACCGCUUUCAAGAAAUGA